AUGGUCUACACCUUGAGGCACCCAAAGGUCCUUUGCCCCAGGAAGGAGUCCAUUCGGUCCAGGGGGCCAGGCCGGCAGUGGAUAAAGCUAGAAAGAGACACCAGGAAGAGAUCUGGCCAGCUGGAGCUGAUUGAACCUGUACAGAAGUCACUCCCUCGGGUGCACGAGUUGGCGGAAGGCCUGAGGGAAGCCAUGAAGAGAGAGUGCUGGCGGAAGGCCUGGGUGAAGAAGCCAGUCACCUUUGAGGAUGUGGCAGUGAAUUUCACUCAGGAAGAGUGGGAAUGUCUAGCUGCCAGUCAGAGGGCCCUUUACCAGGAUGUUAUGUCGGAAACCUUCAAGAACUUGGCAUCUGUGGCCAGAAGCUUUCUGCCUAAACCGGGUCUGAUCAGCAAGCUUGAGCAAGAGGAGGCACGGUGGAGAGCAGCGCUCCGUCUCCCAGACAGAGAAGGCCGCCUCUCAGGCAGGAAGGAGGAACUUCGAGACCAAGGUCACAGAGAAGAGGAUACUAGUGACGAGAAGGUCCAUGUUUGCACAAGGGCAGGCCAGAGCCCAACGGCCGUAACUGGGCCUGGGGACAGGACCCCAGCUGGGCCCCCCUAUUCCUGCCACACCUGUGGCAGGAGUUUCAGCAGGCGUUCCUACCUCCUGAGCCACCAGUUUGUUCACAGCCCCACACAGACCAACGCCUGCAGCCAGUGCGGGAGGCUGUUUCGGAACCCCAAGGCCCUCAGCUACCACAGACGCAUGCAUCUUGGGGAGAGGCCCUUCCGUUGCUCGCUCUGUGACAAGACCUACUGUGACGCUUCUGGACUGAGUCGUCAUCGCCGCGCCCAUCUGGGGUACCGGCCCCACUCCUGCCCUGUGUGUGGGAAGGGCUUCCGGGACCAGUCUGAGCUCAAACGCCACCAGAAGACACACCAAAACCAGGAGCCGCUGGCUGAAAACCAGGACCAUAGCAUGAGGACUGCAGGUGCCACCGCUGGGUUCCCGACACUUGGCUGCAGCCAGAGGGCCAUGCAGGGGUUUGCGGACGGGAACCAUGCCCCAGUGGUCGGGACCCAGGACUCUGUAUUUAAAACUGACGAUCCAGUGACCCAAACCCAGCCACCUAUAGUUAACCAAGCGCCUGUGACCGGGGAGCAGCCACCCUCCUGCCCGAAUGCCAGAUCCGACUCCCGUUCAGGGAAGCCCUCCAGACUUGAUGUGUUCUCCUGCCCCCAUUGUCCCCUGACGUUCAGCAAGAGAUCCUGCCUCUCUAGCCACCAGAAGGCCCACCUCACAGAGCAGCCCCACCGCUGCUGCCAUUGUGGCAAGUCCUUCGUCUCCUUCUCCGAGCGGGUCAGGCACCAGCAGACCCACGGGAAACAAAAGAGCUACCGCUGCCCAGUCUGCGACCUCUGCUUCGGGGACAAGGAGGGCCUCGUGGGUCACUGGAGGAGCUACAGAGGCAAGGAACUGCGGGCGGGCAGCCCGCACAAGUGCCGGGUGCUCCUGGGUCAGUGGCUUGGCUUCUGUCGCGAUGCUGCCCCUGUGCCUGAGAAGGGGCAGGAGCAUGGAUGAGAUGGGUCUCCUAGGACCCGCACCCCCAGGAGGGGGAAGGCAGAAGGCAGGCACAGGAGGCAGUGAGAGCCUGGAAACCUGAGCAAACGGCCUCUCAGACUGAGGUCUUCUGUUUGGUUUUCCUGAGGCCCGACCUCCGGGCAAGGAGGCUGGGAUGCAGAGCUGAGGCUGAUGAAGGAGAUACAAGAGAAAAGGGACCUAUGCACAGGAAACCCAUGUUAUUAGUUAGCACCUCGCUUGUUUCUUUGUGUCUGAAGGCAUGAAGCAGUCCUUGUUGACGAAAACAGUGGAAACUCUGGUAGAUCUAAAGAUGGGAGGGGAGGGACAAGCGCAGGGAGAGUCUGAGGUGUGGACGCAGAGAGGACAGGUCUAAAGCAGGCAUGUUGCCCAGUCCCCACCCCUCGCUUCCCCAGGUGCGAUAGGCCGAUAGGCCGCUGCCUGAUGAGCUCUGCCAGGAUUCGAGGUGCUCUCCACCUCCAGUUUUCCUUAGGGCUUCCAUACCCGCCCCUGCAGUUCACUCAGCUCUCUGAUGUUUCGGACUCAUGCUGUUCCCUUCUACCUUCCACACCUUUGAGCUCUGCCCGACCGGACUGCGACCCUGGAAGAGACGACCGCCAUCUGCGAGAUUGGUGUGCUGUGAUUUGUAACAAGGAGGCUCCUGUCCCCUGUCCUGGAAACCCGCCUGGCCUGAGCCAGGCAAGGCUUCCAAACGGAAGAUAGGAGAGAGGGGUGAAAGAUGUAGAUAGCCACAGGG